UCGUUGGAUAGCUGGAAAAAAAUACUUACAAAGUAUGACAAACUCUUCAGAGCAACUGGCAAACAGUUUGGAGAAAUCACAUGGGCACAGACUUUGUGAAACUAAAUACUCAAACAAUAAAGUAGAAGGUGUUCGAUUAUCAGCGUCGUCUAUGGAACUAUUUAAUGGCGCGAAAAAAAAUGACCCGUUGGAUUCAAAUUCGGAACCUCGAAUUUUGCCAGCACCAGUUUUGAAAAAUAAUCCGAGCCGUGCAAACAGCCAACCGCGUAAGCGUCCAUUUCCGUCGACAUACGGUUCCAAAAUUAAUAGCCAACCGUCAAAAAUUGCCAAGGAAACUAUAUCACAAACGAACUAUAUCAGAAAAAGUUCUAUAGAAAGUGGCUUGAUGUCCAGUCAGAAAUCACAAGGCUUGGUUGAUAAAGUACACCUAACACCGUUAGUAAACAUACGUGAAGUUAGCCCUAAAGUUUUAAAUAGCACGUCAACACCUAAGCAAAAUUCAAUUAGAAGUGUUGCAACACCAUUUAGUAAGCGAACUGAGACUUCACAAGGAAAACAGUGUUCAUCGGCAAACAAACAUGUUAAAGACGCAAAUGACAGAAAAUCUUCAUUAGAUCAAUCUGGCUCUACAAAUUUCAGUAAAAUUACUAAAGAGACAAGUAUGAUGGAUGUAGAUGGGGUUAAGGUUAUAAGCACCUCAGAUACACUCGGCUUAACAGCAAAACUUCACGCGCAUCGUGUGCCACUGAGGGAUAACAAAGCCACUUCGUCUUACGCAGACGCUUCAACAGAAAAUAAUUCAGACCUAUUUUCUAAAAAUACUGUUAAUAAAGGAAAAGAAGUCUUUGAACCCCUACCUUUUAAGGAAUUUAGAACUAUGUUUGGAAGAAAAUCUUGUUCUGAUUUAAAAGUGGCGAAUUUUAGUAUUUACGUUACAAAAUUAGACAAGUCUGUCACGGAACAAGAUAUAAGAAAGUAUUUAUUGAAAUACAAUAUUAACGUUAUUGAUGGCCUCUUAAGAAGGCUCAGAGUCACUCAGCGGGCGAUGGAGAGAGCAUUGUUGAGAGUUUCUCUACGUGAUAAAAUCAGAAAUGAGGAGAUCCGUAAAACAACCAGAUUUAUCGACAUAGCUCAGUGGCAAGUGGAAACGGGCGGGGCAAAUAGCUCGAAGAACCGAUGGACGUUGGGGUUCCAAGGUGUUGGGAUGGCAACCACGCAGGUAAACGCAGCAUUGGUCGGCCCCCAAAGAGGUUGA